GAAGUCUCCGCCGACCUCUCGGAGGGGCGACGCGGCUCCGAGCGCUCUCUUUCACCCACUUCUUCUUUUUCCCCCCUCCCCUCCCCUCUUCCCGGGGCGUGGUGCGUUUGUGUGUGUGUGUGUGUGUUUGUAAGCCGCGCGCGAGUGCGUCUUUGUGUGUGCGCGUGUGUGUGUGUAUGUGUGCCCGUCCGCUCAAUCACAUGGUGUUUUAAGAAAUGCUCCAAAGAUGGCGGUAGCGGCGGCCGGAGGCGUCGGCCGGCUGCAGCGGAGCGGCGCGCUGGAAGUUUUGGUGCGCGACCGGUGGCACCGGGUGCUGGUGACCCUGGGCGGCGAGGCGCUGGUGCUGAGCGGCGAGGAAAGCGGAGGCGCCGCGGCUUACAACGGCAUCGGGGCAGCCUCGGCGGGCAAUGGAACUUUCUGCGGCAGAGGAGCCGGCGGUGGUGGGGCGUCGAGGACGGCGGCCGCCGCCGCCGCCGCCGCUUGUCCCCUGUCCGGCGCGGCCUCGCCCGAGUCGCCGUCGGGGAGCAGCUACAACAGCAGCGGCAACAACAACGGAGGCGGCGGGAACCCCAAGGCGCCGGUCGGAGUUCGGACGGCGCUGACCGACUUGCCCGAGCAAGUGCCCGAAGCCGUCUCCAACCAGAAGCGGUGCGUCAAGGUGCUGAAGCAAGAGAUGGGCGGGUUGGGCAUCAGCAUCAAAGGGGGCAAAGAGAACAAGAUGCCCAUCCUCAUCAGCAAGAUCUUCAAGGGCUUGGCGGCCGACCAGACCCAGGCGCUCUACGUCGGCGAUGCCAUCCUGACCGUCAACGGCGCGGAUUUGCGCGAUGCCACCCACGACGAAGCCGUGCAGGCGCUCAAGAGGGCGGGCAAGGAGGUCGUGCUGGAAGUGAAAUACAUGCGAGAAGCCACCCCCUAUGUGAAGAAAGGUUCUCCUAUUUCUGAAAUUGGAUGGGAAACUCCUCCUCCUGAGUCCCCCCGUUUGGGCAACCCAACCAUCGAUCCCCUGUUGCCUCUGUCUCUCAACAUCCACCGAGACAAAAAGACCAUCCCACUCAAAAUGUGCUAUGUGACGCGGAACAUGGCUAUGUUAGAUCCAGAAAACAGGAUUGUUGAAGUUCAUUCACCGGAUGCCAAGCACAUCUUGGUGCUAAGGAGUAAAGACGCGAGCACCGCCCAGGCCUGGUUCUAUGCCAUCCACUCCUGUAUCAGCGAGCUCAUUCCCAAAGUGAUCUCAGAGGUCAAAGAUCAGCUGGGUAAAGCAGGACUAGCCGGAGGCCGAGAAAUUAGGCACUUGGGUUGGCUGGCAGAAAAGGUGCUGGGAGAGAAUGAGAAACCUUGGAAAGCUGUUUUGGUUGCCUUGACAGAGAAGGAUCUCUUGAUAUUUGAAAGCAUGCCACGCAUCAAGGAAGCUUGGUUUAGUCCACUGCAUUCCUACCCUCUCUUAGCUACCAGGUUGGUACAUUCAGGGCCCGGGAAGGGCUCUCCACAAUCUGGGGUAGAUUUGUCCUUUGCCACUCGAACAGGAACACAACAAGGUAUCGAGAGCCAUCUUUUCAAAAGCGAGACUAGCAGAGACCUUUCCUUGUGGACCCGGAGCCUAGUUCAAGGUUGCCACAACGCAGCUGAACUGUCUGUGGAAGUCACCACAGCUUGCACGUACAAAAACCAGGAGUGCCGUUUGACCAUCCAUUAUGACCAUGGAUUUUCCCUCACCACCGAACCCCAAGUUGGUGCCUUUCCCAAAACCAUCUUCCGGUAUCCCUACGAGAAGCUAAAAUCAUCUUCAGAUGAUGGGAUUCGGAUGCUGUAUUUGGACUUUGGAGGGAAGGAAGGUGAAAUUCAACUGGACCUUCAUUCCUGUCCAAAGCCGAUCGUAUUCAUCAUUCAUUCAUUCCUUUUUGCCAAGAUCACAAGACUUGGAUUGGUAGCAUAAAUUCUGUCCGUCAUUGGCAAGAACAAAAAGAAAAAGAAGAAAAAGUGGAACUACUCGAGUCCUUCAACUCUCCAACACGUUGUCAACACUGGGAGCUACUAGGAGAACACCUGAACUCUUCUGCAGAUGAAGUUCAGAUAGGGGGCAAAAUCAAUGUUUUGAUCAAAGGCAAUGAUAGGGCUCUGAAGAAUAAAAGUCGGAAUAUUGGCUUCAACUAAAACAUAUGUUGCAAGUGAAAUGACAUUGAUUGCUCUGAAUAAAGCCAAAAUUGAAUAAUUAAGAAGAGAUGAAUGGCUGUAUGACGACAUUUCGUAUUCCUAGGUGUGCCUCUAUGGUACGUUUUAAGAACAGCACACUCCAUCUUGGGUUUUGAGAAUGUCAGGGCUUCCCUAGAAGAUUCAGCAAUUUUUCAAUGAAAAGAUUGAUGAUGGUAGAGUAGCUUCUGUGAACGCAAAGUUUUCCCUUUCUCCCCUUCAUCAUCUUCCCCCCCACCUUUAAAAUAUACUCUCUAUUUACUUCUAGUAGAUGGGGCUGUUUUCAUAAACUGGUAACAUAUUCUAAAAACUUUGCAAACUGCAAAGAAACAGUUGUGGAUAGGAAUCCUAGAGAGGAGGACAUUUGAAAGCCACUGAAAAGUAAAAGCUAAGUUGAUAGUUACCGUCAAAAUAAGGAUUUUUAAAAUGAACCCUGUGUGCUUUAGAUUUAUUUUUUUUCUCGCCAUAUUUCAGUUUUCAAAAAGCACAAAGGAAAUAUCUGUGUGCAAGUUAGUGAUUUGGUUAUUGAGCGAUGAGAUGGAUGUGCUCUCUUUUUUUCCCAUUAAGAAGCACAUCAGUUUGUGUAAGUCACAUUGGCAGAGCUCAAGUUGCUGUAGGUCAGGGGUUCCUGGCCUUGGCAACUUUUAGACACAAGGGUUUCAACUCCCAGAAUUCCCUGGGGCUGGGAAAUUCUGGGAGUUGGAAGUCCACAUGUCUUAAAGAUGUCAAGUUUGGGAAACCCUGCUGUAGGCAAACUGAGUUUUCUGACUGAUCGAACCAGCCAUAAAAAGGAACUCUUGGAACAAGAACUCAAAAAAAUCUCCAGAUAAAAUAGACCUUAGACACAGGACACACUGGAGAAUUUGCUGAAAAAAGCAAAGCCCAUUCAACUGAUAAAAUCCAAAUAACGUAAGUUUUCUAAGAUUGCAAUUGUUCCAUUAACAAUGACAACAUGUGAAGGGGAGGGAAGUGAAAUCUGGCAGACAUAAUGCAUUUUAAAACAUUAACAGUGGAAGUACAGUAAAAGCGACGGGAACGAUAAACAUCUUAAAAGCAUCUUGAAAAGAGGAAAUGCAUUUCAAAUUAAUCCAAGGUAGCCAAACUGUCAUUUGUAUGUGAUGCAGUCGGUGGAAUUUUGGCUUGUGCAUUUUGUGGCUCUUGCGCUGUCCACAAAUCCCUUUGCAACAUUUGGCUGUAGGCCCUUCUAAAGCAAAUGAGAAGCUUUUGGGUUAAGGAAGAAGGCGGAAGCAACCAGCUCCCGGGAGACAAAGGAGGAUGCUAAAGAAGUAUGGAUAGAAAGGAUACAGAAGCACUGCCCAUGAAGCCUCAGUAAUUUAGGACAGAAGUCACAGCAGUCGGCCGUGUUGAAGAAACAAGGCAGAGAAACAUCAAACCUCAGCUAGAAGAUCCAUAGAAAACACCUAGUGCGGAGGAGAAGCAGAAAAUGGCUAUGAAAAAUAGGUUUAAGAUACAGAUUAACAAGAGUUGGGAGGGUCUUGAAGACUUCCAGGGAGGAAGCUCCCACAACUUCUGAAGGCAAGCUUUUCCAUUGGUUGAAGUUGGUGAGGGUGCUGUCCUUUAUUAGGCACUCUGAUUGCAAAAAGUCAGAGCAAUUAUUAUGGGGUAUCUUUUCCACCAAUGUUCUGGAGACCUCACCUAAGCAGGGAAGAGAACUUUCUGCACCUUCCAGGGUCUUCUCAUUUUUCUCGUGGCUUUACAUCAGGGAGGAGAGAAAUAAGCUGUGUGAUCCAGGCUCUUCCCUACCCCCCAUACUCGGCAUAUUCUACCAAGGAAAGGAGAUACAGUAUGGUCAUUUUUCAUGAUUUUGAUCAACGGUCCUUAACGAUGUCCAUGAGAGAUUCUCAGUCAUCCAGGCCAAUGGUUGUCCGAGCUUCAAGCAGCUUCUUGGGUGAGAAGCAAAAUGUCUUCAAAGAAAAAAAAACCAGAAAGUUUUUGAAAAAGCACCUUUGGGUUCCCUUAAACAACGUUUAACUAGAAGAAUCCCAAAGCUGCUCAAGUCUUUUAACAAGUUGAGAUCUUAAAUUUUGUGUCGGGGCAUUUCUCGGGCAUCUGAAUGUUGUGGUCUGUAGCUUGGGAGCUCUGAAACUUGCCGUAGGGCUGAAAUCUUAGCAGCAGCGCUUCAUCCUGGUGACUGGCAUUCACUGGAUUAAAACCCAAGACACAUCAAGGGAUCUUUUCUUUCCAGAAAAGAAAAGAUGGAGAACAAGGGCAAUCCCAUCACAGCAGCAGCAGACCGAACGGCUAUUGAAGUGUUAUUUUAACACUUUUCAUAUCGGUCUGCCAACCUAGCCGUUCGAAAGCAUGUAAAAAUGCAAAGAGGAAAAAUAGGGACCACUUUAGUUGGGAAGGUUACAGCACUCAGUUGUGCCUUCAGUGUUUAGUCAUGCCGGCCACAUGACCACGGAGAUGUCUUUGGAUAGCGCUGGCUCUUCAGCUUUGUAAUGGAGAUGAACACCGCUCCCUAGAGCCGGAAACGACUUGCACGUAUAUACAAGGGGAACCUUUACCUUUUACAAAAUAAAGUCUCCUUAAAGUUGCACUCAGCUUCAUAGAUACAUCCAUGGACUCUUCUUGGCUUACGACCAGAGGUACACCUGGCCCUAUUCUGGAGUUCUAAUGGCCUCCCAGGCAGUCAUGUGACUUUCACUUCAGGCACUCAGCAAUCAAGCCAUAAUUAUGUCUAUUUGCAGCAUCCCAUGGUCGCAUGGCCAUUGUUUUACAAUGCUUUUGGUGAAAACUGGUGCACAGCAAAACAUUGAUUCACUUCACGACAGCUGCAGUUGCUAAACAACAGCCACAAAACUUAUAAAAUCAAGCUGGUCAUGUGGGUGACUCAUGUUACCAUCAUCAUGACUUAUAGUACACUUAGGAUGGGCAGGCUCCAUUACAGUCAUAAGUCAAGGAGUACCUGAACUGUUGUCUUCUCAAAUGCUUUCACCAGUCUGAUCUCCAGCUAUAGACCUUUUUUCCAUCCAGGUACAAGCCACAUCCAAUCCUGCUUUGCUUCUUAAUAACGGGCUAAAUGACUGUCAGAUACAUCAAUAUUAAACCCUUAACGUCUAUAUCAAAAGGCCAACUUAAAAAAAAAAAAAACUUGUUUGCUGUAUGGAUGCCCAGAGACAAAUAAACUCAGUUGUGGGGGUUUUUUGUUGUUUAUUUAUGGGCCAUAGUAAAUAAGUGUGUUUUUUAGGGUUGCUUAGAUAUAGGUGGUCAGAUGGGGAAAUGCCCCUGAAUUCUCAACCGUGCUAUUUCCAUGCUACCGAUUACAAAUAAAUAAAUCAUUAUGAGGAUAGCAAAAACUGUAAGCUAAGUGUAAAUGCAUAAGUUAUGCUUGCUUUCAGCUACAUUUGAAGAAAAUUCUCUGCAGCAUUAAAUCGCCCCUGAAGUAAUUAAUCUAGGUUUCAAGGUAAUUUGAUUGGGAUAAUAAAUAGGAUUCAUAAAGGCCUGUUAAUUCUUAAAUGCGAUUAAGGUAGUCUUAGGGAAUUUGAAAGGAGGUUGGGAAUAAAAAAACCCCAAGAUUGAGCUGUUAACCAUGACUAAGAUUUUACACAUACAGAAGUCUUUGGGUAGUUCUAUAAAAUAACCAAUUGCCAUGGAAUAUCUAUCAUAGCUAGUAUUUUGUUAGCAAUAUAAAAUUAACUUAAUAAAAAGCUGCUUGAUUUUGAGCCUACAUUAUCACCAUGUGCCCAGUUUGUGCCUAAGCUUCCAUUUUUAUUUCAUUUGAAGUUUUAAAUAAAUAAAUAUAUCCAGAGAUCUCUCUACUUUAAAAUAAAUAUAUUUUUGCAGAUAUGGAAUUUCCAUUGGUUUCCAUUGGUCCAUGAAAGGAUGACUUACAAAAUUUUUGAUUUAAAUGGCAUUUUGUGAGAGAAAAAAAGGAAUCUCAAAUAACCCUUUCCAAUGUAGCAGUAUUUUCAAGUUCCUUCGAUGGCAGUAUUUAUUA